GGAAAAAUUUUUGUAGAGUCGUGACUGUGUUUAGCGAUUCCACAGAUUAGUCCAUUAUUUCCUCGUUCAUCACGGUUUAUUUCCAAGCGGUGGUUUUAUCCCUUCCUUUUCACUUUUCCAUUCCUUCGGACUAAGGCACGAAAAAUUUUUCGAACAUGGGAAUCGUGAAGAAAGGGCUGACUGUCGCCGUGCGCAAGCCCGCCGAGACGACAAAGCCUGCCGCAAAGCCAGCUGUCAGUAGCGACAAAAGUAGUCCUGCCUCGGGAACAUCGAAAGCGGGUGGAAAACCAUCCAAAGGCGCGGGAAAAGGCAGCGGCAAAAAAGGAGGUGAUAGGCCAAACACGAAGUCCGCAGCAAAAGGGAAAGGCAAAUCUUCCGGAGGAAAAAGCAGCACCAAGGGCAGUGGCAAGUCGGACGGAAAGGGAAAGGGAAAAGGUAAAGGCGGAAAAGGAAAAAAAGGGUCGCGCGGUAAAGGUGACACCAGAAAUGCCUCGGACAGCGACAGUGACGACGAGGAUGAGAGCAAACAGGAAAAGACGGUAAAGAUAAAAACGCCAGCGCUCCCUGCCGACGACGAAAGUGCAACAAAAAAGAAAAAAAUUAAACCAGGGUCUUUCGAAAGUUUCGGGCUGCACCCAAUCUUGAACCGCGCGAUUAUGAAGCUCGGGUACAAGAUGCCGACGCCCAUUCAGCGCAAGUGCAUCCCCCUUGUCAUGGGAGGCCGCGACGUCAUCGGCAUGGCACGGACCGGGUCGGGAAAGGUAAAAAUAAUUCGACUGUUCUUCCUUUUGGCCCUAAUUCAUAACUCCAAGACAUUCAUCACCUCUGCCUUUCAUUCCGACGGAUGAGCUCCUGAUUCAAAAAAUCAAUCAAACGAAAUAUAAAAACAGACUGCCGCUUUUCUUCUGCCAACCCUUCACAAGCUCGAGCUGACGCACAGCACCACUGUUGGUGUCCGCGCCCUGGUGCUUUCCCCCACCCGUGAACUUGCGAUGCAGAGUAGCAAGGCCUGCAAGCAGUUGAACGCCAACGGCGGGGACUUGCGGAUUUGCCUCCUCGUGGGUGGUCAGGCCAUGGAAGCGCAGUUCGACAGGCUGGCGCAGAACCCGGACGUCGUCUUCGCCACGCCCGGACGACUGGUGCAUCACAUGGUGGAAGCCGAGCUCUCCCUCGCCCGCGUGGAAACGCUCAUCUUCGACGAGGCAGACCGCUUGUUCGAACUUGGUUUCGCGGAACAGAUUCACAAGAUCAUGGAAGCCUGCCCGCAGAGCCGCCAGUGUUUGCUGUUUUCCGCGACUUUGCCAUCGCAGGUGUUCCAAUUUUCCAGGUUAGGAAUGCGCGACCCGGAGGUGGUGCGGUUGGAUGUGGAAACGAGCUUGUCCGAGAAUUUGGAACUGGAGUUCCUCUACGUCCGCAAGGAGGAGAAAAUCGCAGCUGCUUUGCACUUGCUCCGCCGGCACUUGACCGCCGACUUUCGGGCAGACGCAAGGUCGUCGUCGUCGAGGACACCUGCGAUUAAGAACGGCGGUGCUGCGAACGACUUAGAGCUGGAGCAACUCCGGGCGGGGAGCAAAGGAACAAUUGCGGGGAAAAAAGGGAAGGGAAAGGGGAAGAAAGGAAGUAACACUCUUGCAGGCAGUACAGCCCAAUCGUCUUCCUCCAAGGAGCGCGGCGUCGUAUUUUUCGUCGCGACCAGGCAUCACGUCGAGUUCUUCGCCAGCUUGUUUAAGCGCGCCGGCGGCGGCAUCAAGAACGUGUGCGUGGUGUACGGAAACAUGGACCAGGCGGCGAGAAAUGAGCAGGUAUCGAAAUUUCACAAACACCGGGGCGUUCUGAUCACAACGGACGUCGCCGCCCGUGGUAUCGACAUCCCGUUGCUCGAUUCCGUGAUCAACUACGACUUUCCGGCCUCCGCGAAACUUUUUGUCCACCGCGCCGGGCGUACGGCCCGCGCGGGCGAACAGGGGUUGUGCUCGAGUUUGGUCGGGAAAGACGACUUACCGUACUGCAUGGAACUCCUGCUUUUCUUGGGCAGGAAGGUCAAGCUCCCGACGGACCAAGUACUCAGUCCCGAGCAGGCGGAGGAGGCUAAGGGGCAAGAGGGAGAUGAGAGCAAAGUGCAGGAACAAGCGUGCGGGAACGACGCCGCAAAGGAACAAAGUACAACGGUCUCGAGCAACGAUGGCAUGUUGGGUGCUGUGCCAGACUUGACCCUGGAAGUAGAGGAGCUGGCGAGGCUAUUUGCCGCGAAUGAUCCCGGAAACGAUUUGGUAACCUUAUCCAAGUCGAUGACUGCGAGUUACAUCCAGUACUUCAAGACGCGCCCACCCGCGUCAAAGCAGUCCGUAAGACGCGCCAAGGAGCUGCUCGCCGACAUCGGCGGCCCGCAGAAGAUGCAGUGCUUGAUCCACCCAAGUUACGACCAAACAGCGAAAGAGAAUGGGAAAAGUAAUGCGUCUGCUUCACAGAGUGGUCCGAAUGCUGAAGCAUCGAAAAAUAGUAACCAGCCGGCCGAGGUUGGUGAUUUGGUUCGGAGCUUUUUGAAGCACGCAGUAGGCCAGAGCGGGAAAAAGAAGGAAAAGCAGGCUGAGGAAAAGGAUGGAAUAGACACUCCUGCGGCAGAGAACAAGCAACCUCAAGCUCCGAUCACAGCCACCAGCUCCUACGUCCAGAACCUUCGUGCCGGAAUCCGCGAGUACAGGCCAAGUCAAGUGUGCGCGAAGAAACAGGCCGCUUACAGCGCGAUUUCAACUGACGCCAUCGCGAACAUGAAGAACGUAUCAAAUGCAAAAAUGUCUGGGUCUGGAAAUUUGUGAUGCUGGGUGGCGUAUCACGAUGAGGCCACAAGUGCUGGCCCAGCAUGACAAGUUUCGGAGCCUCUAGGUGUUGCCUAUUCUGCAUGACAAACUGCGUUUCUGCAUGACAGAAAAAUGGGGCUCUUGGGCAACGUGCAUGACAGAUUUAAGAGUCAUGCCAGACAAGCAUGACAGACAUGCAUUCUUCCAGACCCAGACAUUUUUACAUUUGAUAGAACGUUCUAGAGGAGAAGCGCGCUUUCCAGGAGGGCUGCGUCAAAGUCAGACAGUCCAUGCUGCAGAAAAACAUGGAGGACGACCAGGAAGAAAAAACCGCCUUGAAAAGGAACAGCAACAAGAGAAGUAAAAAUGACGGAGAUGGCACAACAGCGUCAGAUGCCGGGGAAGAAGCGAACGGGAUUAAAAAGCUGUCGAAAGCAGAGAGGAAACAGCUGAAGAGGCAGCGAACAGAAAGUGCGGCACCAAGGAAACAGCAAAAUUCGAAGCCAAGUAGUACUGCUGCUGCUGCGGAGGAGGAUGCAAAGCAAAUAGCUUCGACCUACAUGGACGACGACGAUUCCGACGCGGACGACUGGAAUAUUGAGGUUGCUGAGUAUAAUCAAAGCGAACAUCAAAUUCCAGCAACCAAAUCUACUUCCAGUUCUUCAACAUCAGCAAGAUCAAAAAACACCACGAGCCAUCAAAUCGCUACUUCUAGCAAGAUACAUGCACAAACGCCAAAAAUCCCCCGAGCCCUUCCUACCGCUACCAACAAGGCCGCGGAUGUGGGCGAGGACAUCUUCUCCCGCGCGGAGCAGGGCUUUCGGGAUGAGCAAUUUUUUCUGUCCACCGAUCGAACGAUCGAGGAGGACGCGAAGGACCGCGGGUUGGACCUCGACCGUUACGAGCUCAACAUCAUGGGGGAUGACGGCAAGGAGUUGCAGAAGCAACAGUUUGUGAGAAGGUGGGACGCCAAGAAAAAGAAGUACCUGCAAGUGAAGAUCGGCGCCGAUGGCAAGGCGAUUCGGGAGAAGAACCGAACGAACGAGGCCGGGAAGAAGGUACGAAUGCUGGAUGUUUUUAUAGUUUCCUUACGUGCUACUUCAACUGCUUCAGGUUGUAAGCGAUUCGCUUAAAAAGUGUUGCGCUCCUCAAGCGUUUCGCUCCUUAAGUGUUUCGCUGAAGUGUUUCACUUCAGUGCUUCGCUUAUGUGUUUCGCUUAUGUGUUUCGCUUAUGUGUUUCGCUUAAGUAUUUCAGUUAAGUGUUUCGCUUAAGUGUUGCGCCUUAGUGUUUCGCUUACAGUUCGCUUAAGUGUUUCGCUUAUGUGUUUCGCUUAAGUCUUUCGCUUAAGUGCUUCGCAUAAGUAGUGCUUUCCUUAAGUAGUGCGUCGCUUAAGUAGUGCAGCGCUUCAGUAGUGCCUUGCUUAAGUAGUACUUCCUUCGCUUAAGUAGUGCUCCUCUUAAGUAGUGCUCCUCUAAAGUAGUGUGUCGCUUAAGUAGUGCGUCGCUUAAGUAGUUUCGCUUAAGUAGUACGUCGCUUGAGUAGUGCUUCGCUUGAGUUCUUCGCUUAAGUUUCCACUCUUCACCACACAGCAUUGAGACAGUCGAAAUUUUUAACAUAAUUAACAGGUCAGCGGCGACGCAAAGCGCACUGACGCCUACGCCAAAUGGUCGAAGACGCAGAAGCAGCGCAUCCAGCAGGUCGGCGAACUCGAAAACAGCAACGCCGCGCUCAGCUUCCUCGCGAGCAAGAAAAACGGUAUAAGAGCUUGAUAAUUUUUUUUCUCGGCUCGUCGUUCUCCUUACUCAGUCGCACCAACUGUCUUUAUUGAUACUAUCGUAAGCUGGGAAAUGAUCCUUUUCCGUGCCUUUUCUCAAUUGCUCCAUUCCACUCUCAACAGGUACCGCCACCGACACCGUAGACGAUGAUGCAGGAGAUGCCUCCGGCGCGGUCGAGUUCGACGAGGAUGGCAAAGCGGUAACGAAGAAGCCUAUUGUCCCCUUCUUCGGCGAGGUCGACUCCAAGUACCUAACAAACAAGCAGAAGCGACGGCUGGCCAAGCAGGAGAAGCAGUCCGCAAACCCGGUCUCGCACGGCAAAGCAGGAGGGCCGAUCACGCGAACGGCCGCGGACAUCAAAAAGCUGAGGAAACGGCAGGACGACAUGAAGAUGAAGCAGGACAAGAGCUACCGACAGAAGAGGUUAGCGACGAUCAAGGCCGCCUACUGGGAGCGACAAGAGGAAAAGAUCCGGUCGAAGCAGGCCCGGCCGAGGUCGUUCGCGAUCUGGAGUGGGGGGAAGAAGGACAUGACGAAGAAGCAAGAGAAGAAAAAACAGGGCAAGAGACGAGGACCAGUGCCACUGUGAGCAGACGCACUGCGUCAAACGUUGUAACUGGUUUGUUUUCUCGGAUGAACACGCGACUAGUUGAUGGUGCAUUCUUUGCAGGCAUGAUAAGAGUAAAAGAAAGUACUAGUUACACACUACAUCAUGGUCUAUUCCACAAGACAGUUGCACUUCGAC